AUGAGUGACGACAAAGUAGCUGUAAUUCAAAGGGAAGUACGACGAAUCUCUAGAAGAUUCCUAUUUGAUGAGCAAUCAGAGCUUGACAUUCCAGGAGUUGCGGAUAUGCUCAAUGAACUUGACUGGUUGCACAUGACAAUGCUUUACACUUCAAUAAUUCCAUGUGCAAUUGUCUGCGGUCUCGGUUUUUUCCAUGUUUACUUCUUUAUGAGGUAUACUUCGAACGAGGAAAUCCGAGCUGGAAUGUAUUUUCUCAUAAUGAUGCCACCGGUCACAGUAAUAACUUCGCUUCUGGCAAUGUUCAUCCCUCGAUCGGCAGGAUUCCUUUAUGCAGUUACUACAUCAUACUAUAUGUUGUGCAUGUUCAUGGUAGUACAGUUAAUGUUUGACAUGUAUGGCUGUCGAAGAACGUUAGCACGAUAUCUUCGAAAGAAUAAGAUAAUGAUCAAGCUUGCAGUGGCACCGUACGCUUCUUAUUGCAGGUGUCUUCCAGAAAUCAAGCCUAGACUGAGGAACUUGCUGACAAUUGAAGCAUGUAUUCUUCAAACUGUUAUUAUUCGAAUUGUACUACAAGUAUUAGAACUCAUCGCCUAUUUUGAAUUGAGACAUAAGCAGCAUGUAUUCUUCUCCAUAUCUAAUUUCAUCAACAUUAUUUCAAUGUACUUUUCGUUGUACUUUGUUUACGUAUUAUUUGAAGUUGCGAAAGACAGACUGAAACCAUAUCGAUUUGGACUGCUGUUCAAAAUCCAUGACACUAUUGUUUCUAUGCCUGCAAAUCAAAAAUUUGUGUUGGAUCUUGCAGUUGCCUUGGAAUGGAUUAAAGACGUUAAUAAUUUACCGGCGUCGAAUGCAGCUAUGUUCUAUCUCAAUUUUUUGCUCAUAUGGGAAUUUCUAAUUGUUUCGUUGUACUCAAGCUAUGUUUUUCAACCAGAAAAGACAGUGCUGUUCGACGAAUAUCGAAAGGAACGAAAACAAAACGAAAAUGAUGAGCCUGAAUCACUGAAAGUCGUUUCUACACAGCAAGAGGAAUAUCUCAAUUCCAUAUCAGAAUCAUAUGAGGAUGUCCAGCCCAAGGGAAAACGUACGACAUCCUAUUUGCAUGUAAGAACGUCACUUUGUUCAAGUCUGGAUUAG